AUGUUCUCAUCUUUCAGACCUCUGCGCCUCUUUGACCUGCCUCAAUGGGGGCUUCUGUGUGACCAACGGCACCGCCGGCGUCUGCGUCUGCCCCGAUCCCUACGGAGGAGUGAUUUGCGAGAAGACCGCCCUGUUAAGCAUAACUUUGAUAAGCACAAAAUGUGGGGUCGGGAGGCGAGGAUGACUGACCAUCCGGAACGAAUAGGCCCUACAGUUGGACCGUUCGUCUGCCCGAUGCUCGGAGGCUCGGCCCAGCCCCACCAGCCUCGAAGUCGGAAGGACCAGUUGGCCAUUCGGUACCUCCAUCCGACGGCAAGACGGUCUGACUGGCACGGAUUGCACAUGCCGCCUCUUUUAACUGGUCACUUCAGAACCUCUGGCGGGUUCGAGCCUGAGUCGACGCUUUCACUCCACUCCACCACACGGCCACGGAGGUCAGUGAACUCUCAUUUUUUAUAG